AGCAGCCAUUUUGGACGUAGCUGCGAUCGUUGUCCGUCUGUUUGGAGGUAGCGUCUGUCUCAUGGAGCCUGCCUGGCGAGACCUCCUCUACAACUUGCAGACUGUGCCGAUCAAACCCAAGGACUUUGAGCGGCAAGUGGACUGGAUCACGGCGAGAUUUCACCUGGUGGAGGUCUUUUCGAAGAAUCCGGCACUCAGGGACCGUGUUGCCAAGUACGGCGGCAUCGGGCGAGUCUGGAUGGCCUGCCAUCAGCCGCGGACAGCCAGGAAGGAGGGUUGCACCUGGAAUCGCGAAGAGGAGCAGGAGAUGUGGGAGGACUUAAGGCAGGCCUUGCGUCUGCCCUUGGAGGUGGAGGAGAGGGACGAGCGCUUCGGGGCAUGGCUAGGCCGCCAGGUGGGCCUGGCGCGGCGUGUGCAGCUGUGCCCCAAGCUCCGCAGCCGCUUGCGGAAGGAGGGCGGCUUGUGCAAUCUGUUCAAGAAGCUACAGCUGGAGGCCCUGUCGAAGAAGUCCACGUGUGCCUCAGAUUUCUCCGGCACGUCGGGGAUCAGGACUCCUGAGGUCUGGCCUGAGCAUCCACAGGCCACGCUGAACCUGUGGUGCUGGAACCUCCGCGCGCGCUGAGCGAUCCGCAGAUCCACACGGGAGCUGAAGAGAAAGGCCCUUCUGCAAACGGGUCCCUUCCAUCCUUUUUCUCAGCUUUGCCUGGCAUUGGUGGUGUGACUGGGUGGUUUGGAUUUGGAUAAAAUGCCUUGGCUUGGGGCUUACCACCGCCUCACCAAACCGCCCAGCCCGAACCAUUGGGCCAUGCGCGAGUCCGAAACUGCGCCAGAGCUGAAACCCCAAGAGUUCGAGUUCGGCCGUGGGCUGGGAGCUUUGCAGCUCACUCGAACUUCUUUGCAAGUUGCCUUUCCCAUGUCGGCCGCACAUCGCAAACGGGGGAACUGGGCUGAACCUUCCGACUGGGGAAGCAAUCAAACGAAAAUGCGCAGCUGCCAAAAAAUCGCCAACCACUCGUUUUGACGGGUUGGGGCGCGCACGACUGGCGCUGUCGCCUUCAUUUUGCGGCGUGGCUCGGGCCAUGAAGCACGAAUCAGCCUGACCCAUUCGUAUAGUCUGAGACAGCCUCAAAGAGGCUACGCACUGAGCCGGUCUUGUCUGGGGCUGUGGAUUCCAUGCUGACGAAAUGAUUC